CCGAUUGACGUAAGAUGACGUAUACCAAACCAUACCUUUGCCGCCACGUAGCUAAUCAGCAACGGCUAUCUUUCGUUCAUCUCUUUGGUAACGGAAUAUUUGGAACAGAAUGGCGCUUGCUCUGUCCUCGAGUAAUACUCCCACCUUCUUCCAUCAAAGUCAUACAUCCUUAUCUAUUGUGACUCAAUUCACAAACCCUAAUUCCCUCAGUUUCCGAACCAAUCUCAACCAGCGCUCAAUCUUUUUCCCUUCAAUUAAUACGCAAUUUCACAAUCGUCGACGACGAUUAUACCCGAUCGUUAAUGGAUUGGAUGAAGAAUCGGAACAGAAAGCCCUUCAAGAGGACGAAGCGGAUAAUUUAGGGGUUAAAGCGGCAUUGUCUAUGCUAAGAUUCUACAAGAGGGAAAUCUCGCCAGUGUUGCAAAAUAGUUGUCGUUAUGUUCCAACAUGUAGUGAGUAUUCCAUGAUUGCUUACAAGAAAUAUGGAUUUGCCAAGGGGACCAUCUUGACUGCUUGGCGUAUCUGUCGCUGCAAUCCCCUUGGUGGGUCUGGAUUUGAUCCUCCAAGAUGGUUUGGUGAGACGACUCCACCAGAUCAAUGAGAGAUAUUCAAUGUUGUGAUGCCAGAGUAAAAGGAUACGGAAGGGAAGUGGCGGACGACGCUUCUCCAUAGGGUUCGAUGGGUUAGUGGACUGUUUUGACAUAUUUUGUAGCUAUAAUCUCAUUUUAUUAUUAUUGCUAUUACUAUUUGUUUUUAAACUCUGGGAUGACACGUAUAUUAUGUAUUGACGUAGAAAAAGACGUUAGUAUCCUUAGUUGACCUUGGGUUCGGAGAAGGACCCGGUUAGCGAUUCGAACCUUCAGGUUCGGGUCGUUACAUGGCAUCUGGGCCCAGGCUGGCCUACUAUUUUAAUAAUUUUUUAUUAUGUAUAUGUUUAUAAUUUGUAAAAUAUUACUUAAUGCCCCACCUUAAAAUUAUCCUUUUUCUACCAGUUUCUCUAAUUCUUUCUUUGUUUUCCUACUUCCUCUUCAAUUUUUUAUUUUUUAUUUUUCAUUUUUAUUUGUAUUUCUUUUGAAUUCUCUUCAAAAGAAAUGGCAUUCCUUUUCUUCAAUCAAACUCUU